UUUUAGGGUUUAAGCAAGAUGGAGAGGUAAGCGCGACCGCGAUGGCGCUGCGAUUGCUCUCUAGGGCUCUGUCCGGCGCCUCCAGGGUGAGGAUCCACAAUGCCGGGUGGAUCUCUAGGGCGGGGAUGUGUUCCUUGGCCAGCGAUGGCGGCAUGGAGGAGCGGCUGCGAGCUGUGGUGGACGGGCUCGGAAGUUUUCUCCACUCGGAGAGGAAAAUGCCGGCGGAGGUAGCGCAGGCGAUCGCGGGCAAUGCGUCGACUUUCGUGAGACAGGUGUUGGAUUCCUUCGAGAGAGCGCAUGGGCAGAAUUCCAGCGCUGAGAUUAUAGCGGAGAAGAUCCAGGGCCACCUCGCGAAGAUGAGAGUCGACAAAGUCUUGCUCUUCUACGAGAGCAUUGGGAUGGAGUUGCCGGGAGAUGGUGAUCCGGAGAAGAUGGCCGUGAUGAGGACUAGAUACCAGCACGUCGUCGCUGUGACGGCGUUCUUGGAAGAGCUCAAGGUGGAGAGAAAGACCGUGGGAAAUCUUCUCGAGAAGAACAAGUUCUUGUUCGAGGCAAACACGUCGGAGGUUUUCAAUCUCUUCCAGUACUUGCAUACAAACGGUGUGGUGGCCGAGGGACUCCAGGUGCUGUGCUCGCGCUAUCCCGGGAUUUUCACGCCAUCCAUCAAGGACGACUGGGAGCCAUUCUUGCAAGUUUUACGUGACUUUGAGAUCCAGGAGCCCGCGAUGAGACGACUCAUCAAGCAUUUUGGUUUUUUGCUACUGGAGCUUCCGAAGAUCGACUACAUCACGACGCUGGAUUAUCUCCAGCUGGAUCUGAAUCUGGAGAAGCCUGAGAUCUCGAGAAUUCUCAAGAGCCACCCGGAGGCUUUACUUCUCGACUUCAACAAAACGAUGAAGUCCAAGGUCAAGUUUUUGAGGAGCCACAAGGUCCACCCGGCGGAUAUAGCUCGUAUCUUUGCACGGUGUCCGAGCAUCGUCGGCUACAGCGUUGACAGCCUCUCCGAGAAGAUCGGCUAUCUCCAAGGACUGGGACUGAGACCGUGGAACGUGAGGCAGAUAUUGGUUGCUUUCCCGGCUAUUCUGGCGCACAGCGUUGAGAACAAGAUGAAGCCCACGGUGGCGUUUCUGGAAGAGGCCGGGAUCACGGGAGAGAAACUCUCGAAGCUGAUUGUCAAAAGGCCGGCCAUCUUCGCGAUUGACAACAAGGAGAAGCUUCCGAGGCUGUUGAAAAAUAUAGCGUACCUGGGGCCGGAUGGAAUGGUGCUGGCUUUGUGCUGGGGUGUCGCGGAAGGCAUCAGGCACAUGAAAUCGCGCCUCAAGUACCUGCAAAGCCUGGGAUUUAGUGGCGAGGAUUUGGUAAAGAUGAUAUCCAGGGACCCGCGGAUCCUGAAGAUAAGCAAGGAUGGACUGGAGACCAAAGUGAAGUAUCUUACGGAGGUAAUGGGAUUAUCACCGCAGGCGCUGCUGGGAAACCCGACUUUCCUCUACAGCCACUUUGAGCGGAGGAUAAAACUCCGUUACGAGGUUCUCAAGCUGCUCCACGACAGAGGCGAGCUCUCGCGCGAGCCGCAGCUUUCGCAGAUGCUGUACAUGGACAACAAGGAGUUUAUGGCGCGCUACGUGAAUCCAUAUCGGCCCUGCGUGACUUUGGCGAAGAAGCACUAUCGGAUGUUCCAGAGGAAACCAGACGGCGACCACCUGUUCAUGAUGAAGUACCUUGACGAGCAAAAGGAGUCGCCGCUGCCGGAGGGCACCUCGAGACCGUGACAAGCGGAACAAAACGCAGACGACCGGGUUUAAAGCAGUGUAAGCAGUCACAGGAUUGACGCAAUAUGCUAGCUUUACAGCAGCACCACUAAAGCAGUGGAAAACUCCACUAGGGAGUAGAAGCUGUGUUGUUGGAUGCCCAAGGAACCAGACGUCUUCAUCAUGCAGGUGAUGAUGCUGAGCACCGAGUGGGGACAGGUUCUUGCCAAAAGCUGUAGUUUUCAUAGAAUGCCACUGAACGGUAAAAGAAAAAAGGGAGAAGCAAAAACGCAAAGCUGUCUCGAGCGACGAGGAGCACGCACAUUCAAGAGAUUUGGACAGUGGCAUCGGGUAGUAGUAGAAUUGCUGGAAAAUGCUGUGAUCAAUGUCUUUCUGCUGAGCAGCCAUUGUUUGU